CUCCCCGCCGCUUCCUGACCUUCCUGCAGCCCCACCUGCCACGUACCACCUGUUCAUGCUCUCCCAUGAGGGACCGCGAAGCCAGUCCCCUGCUGUAACGCUGAAAUUUGACCCCGCGGGGACACCGUCUCAGGAAAACGCCCGAGGCUGGAGGGCUGCAAGAUGGUGGAAGGCGGGGACCCAGGCGGCCUGGUUAAGGUGGUCCAUCUGCUGGUCUUGUCAGGUGCCUGGGGUAUGCAAAUGUGGGUGACCUUCGCCUCAGGCUUCCUGCUGUUCCGAAGCCUUCCCCGCCAUACCUUUGGGCUGGUGCAGAGCAAACUUUACCCUUUCUACUUUUAUAUUUCCAUGGGCUGUGCGUUCAUCAACCUCUGCAUCUUGGCCCCACAGCGUGCCUGGAGCCAGCUUACAGUCUGGGAGGCCAGCCAGCUCUGCUUGCUGCUCCUGAGCCUCACACUGGCCACCAUCAAUGCGCACUGGCUGGAGCCCCGUACCACUGCCGCCAUGUGGGCCCUGCAGACCGUGGAAAAAGAGCGGGGCCUCGGUGGAGAGGUGCCGGGCAGCCACCAGGGGCCUGACCCCUACCGCCAGCUCCGGGAGAAGGACCCCAAGUACAGUGCUCUCCGCCGGAAGUUCUUCCACUACCACGGCCUGUCUUCUCUCUGCAACCUGGGCUGCGUGCUAAGCAAUGGGUUCUGUCUUGCGGGCCUUGCCCUGGGCCUCCAGAGCCUCUAAUGCUACCUCUAGGUGUCAAUAAAGGCCGCUGUGGACAUAG